AUGUCACUCAAACGAUUAAUUGAUGUGGGUACGGUAGCACAGCUGCUCAAGAAAAAUAUCAUUAACAAGGAAGGAGUUAGGAUAUUGGACUGCACUUACGAUCAUGGUCUCGUCCCCAACAAACCCUGGACUGGAAGCACUUCCAAAAAGAGUUCUACGGAAAUACGUUAUGAUGAUGUCGGAUAUCACAAAAGAGUCGCUGUUGUUCAUCGCGUGACAGUCCCACGUACCUUUAUUGGCAAUAGCAACUGUUCUCUUUACACUGGCGAUUUAGUGGCGAACUUUUUCGACCCGAAGUUCCCUUCGUCCAACGAAUGCGAAACUCGGCGUAUCUGCAGGAAGCAAACCGACAGUCCAUAG